UCGCUUGCUCAGGCCUUAGCGCGGGGAGGGUCGCGAGAGCGAUGCCCGUGGCAGCCGCCGCCUGAGGCGCUCGUCCCGGUCCCGGCGGUGGGGAUGGGGCUGGGAUCGAGCUCUCAGGGCCCUGACGGCGGCGCCGAGGGCUUCCACGUACACGGGGUUCAAGAAAACUCCCCAGCCCAACAAGGAGGACUGGAACCUUUCUUUGAUUUCAUCAUCGCAAUAGGACACACCAGGCUUAAUAAAGAAAACAAUAUGUUGAAAGAUUUGCUGAAGGCAAAUGCUGAAAAAGCAGUAAAGCUGGAGGUAUAUAACAUCAAAACAAUGAAAAUAAGAGAGGUGGAGGUGAUUCCCAGUAACAUGUGGGGAGGACAAGGUCUUCUUGGAGCCAGCGUGAGGUUCUGCAGUUUCCAGGGAGCCAGUGAACACGUAUGGCAUGUUUUGGAUGUUGAACCUGCAUCUCCUGCAGCUCUGGCUGGUCUUCAGCCGUACGCUGACUACAUCGUUGGAUCUGAUCAGAUUCUUCAAGAGUCAGAGGAUUUCUUCUCACUGAUUGAAUCCCAUGAGGGGAAGCCAUUGAAGCUGAUGGUUUAUAACACUGAAGCAGAUUCCAUUCGAGAGGUAGUUGUGACUCCCAAUGGAGCUUGGGGUGGAGAAGGAAGUUUAGGGUGUGGUAUCGGGUAUGGCUAUUUGCAUAGAAUUCCAACACAGUCUGCAGUAGUGAAGAAAAAGCAAGAAAGCAAACCGCCUUCACCCUUACCAGAGGCUGGAACUCCUGUCCCAUCUACUAAUGGUUACACAGAGACUCCAUUACUGGCACCCACUUCUCAGAGUGACAAUGCUGAAAUAGUUAUGAACUUGGAUCAUUCCACAGAUCAAGAAGUGAGUGGUUAUUCACCUGAAAGCUCACUUUCUCCUCCUCCCCCUCUCCAGAGAGUUAUGGAUCCAGGAUUUCUAGAUAUGUCUGGUAUUUCAUUUCCUGAGCUCGCUGACUUAACUAAAGUGUCCAACAUGUCUUCAUCUGCCUCCUUCAACAUGCCAGCAGCAGAUACUUUAGUAGGCAGUGAAAAGUUGAUGUCAAACAAUGACGCUUCUGCUUAUUUUGAAAAUGCCUCAAGUUUGAACCCUGAAGAUGUAUCCAUGUAUUCUGAAGGCUCAGCCAAGAAGCCUGAGGUGGAUGACCUCCUGUCUUCAAUUCCAUCUUUACCUUCUUUUGUUCUUCCUAAUGAAAUUUCUUCAAAAACAACACUAGGAACUGAUCCUGACAACCAAGAAACAAAACUGCUCUUAAACAGUAGUGAGAGUUCAUUAACCACUACUCCGGUGAAACCAGAUGAUGAAGCAGGAUGUGAACAGAAAGAAGCAGCUGCUGCACAGGAGCAUGAGUGAAAUGGAUGCAGCUUUUGUUUACAGACUGCCAUAUGCUGUGAUACUACAGCUUGGAAUAUUUUUCUGAUCUUGAAAGAGUUAGGUGUUCUAUUUUGUUAGUGUAGACACUAUUAUAAAAGAAAUUGUAUGAAAUACAUAUCCUAUUGUCUUUGCCAAUCAUUGUCCGAUUGAUCUGCUCAAACUUUGAAUGCUGUCCAAAGUCACCAAAUUAAUGGAGAAAUUAAUGCAGAAACAAGGUGGAGACUGGUGAAAUGUCGACUUCCUGAAUUCACGUUUGCCUUCAGAUGCUUCUGAAUGUAUUUAUGAAGGUACUUUGUCUGAACAGUGACAAUGAUGACUUCCUCAGUGUGACUGAUGGCAUUAAAACCAAUUCUUUAUGGUUUUGACUUGCUAGGAAGCUUUUCUAACGGUACCUCACUUUGACAGGCUUUGUGCCUUUCAUACCCCAAGAUAUCUUUAUUCCUACUUACUACUCUGCAAACUGUUAUUUUUCUUGUUUUAGAGUCUCUUAUCUGUAAGUUAUUCGUGUACCUUCUCCACAACUACUUUUGCAGGAAAGGAAGCACAACAUGGUUUGAAGGUGCAUCAUACAGAAAGGAUAAGAUCACGUGGGUGGGUCCUGUCAUUCCCUUUAGCUCUUCAGUGGAGCAUGUGGUGGUCUGAAAAAGGGCGUGAGACUAUGACAGUUAUUUGGAAUAAACUUAAGUCAAAGAUGAUUUUAAGCCAGGUUCAUGUGUUUUCAGGUGAUUGAGCUUUUUAGUGCAGUUGAAUGUGUCUUGGUUUCUGUAGUGACAAAGAAAUAGCUUUUCUUUAGUUGUACUCUUCUUGAGUUGUGCUUUUCUAUUUAAAAAUAGGUAAAAGAUGAUUUGUGUAAGACAAGGGCACGUAACAUGUUAGUGCAACAACAGCUAUUGCUUUGUGUAGGUUAUUUGUUUUGUUUGCACUUGUCUUCACAUUGCUUCUGAAUGUAAUAGUAAGCACAAAAGAAACAAGUGGGUGUUUUUGUACCCCUCAGGGCAGUGAUCUAUAAUGGAAUUUUAAAGUUGCUGAUUGGGAAUAACUUCACUAGAGCUGGUACAGUUAAUGUGGUGAAAAUCCUUCCUCAUUUAAGAGAAUGGCUUAUGAUGUUAAGCAGGCAUUUAAGCUAUGAACUAGAAAAAGGUUAUUUAGCACAGUAUUGUCUGAUUUCUUUCUCAGUCUCCUGAUCUGUCUCUACAUUGUUCCCAAUGGAGAUCAGAGCACAAAAGGACUGAGGAGGGUGGAAUUGAGGAAUGGUGCAGGAUAAGGAGACUGGGUUACAUGGAUUUGCCAAUGACAGCUCAGCUGCAGCAAAGGGGUCUUCAGAUGAGUACAGCCUUGUGUAAAAUCUGUCCUUUGUCUUCAUCUGCCUUAAAUACCGUUUUGACAUGAAAUACAGUAGCUCUGAGCAGGAUGGUCAAAACGCCUUCUGCUUUAAAGAAGAAUGCUUUAAACCCUGACUGCAGGUAGCAGAACUGAGAGACUUCAAAUCUAGUCUGCUAAAUGGUCUGUUAAAAUUGAACGGAUUUUCUUCCCAUAUUGCUAAAAUAAACGUCCUCUUUUCUUCCCAGCUGACUGCUACAAGGGUGAACAGCCAAACACUAAAAUAAACAUAAUUUAAGUUACUGGUAAGUGUCUGGUCUCAGAUCCUGAUAACUGAAGGCAUCUAGGUGACCUGUUUCAUUUUUUGUUGUGGUUUAUUUAGGAGUGUUUCUCGUCUUGCAUCAUUGUCAAAAUUGUUUCUAAGUGAUGCUGCACCCUUUAAAAACUGGAAAGUGGGGAAUGUCAACUCAUACUAAAUUUUAAAUGUCACAGUAAUAAAUAGCUUAACUCUUAA